UCUCGUUGCUUUGUAAAUCCAUUCCUAAAUUAAAAAUCUUUAAAACAACAUAAAAAUGAUCGGCAGGCUGUCUUUUUGGAACAAAGACAACGUUUCGAACGAGGCUGACUGUUUGGGCUGUCGUUUGGUUAGUGGAAUUGGCCUCCUUGGUAUCGGUGCAUUUCUUUUGGCGCAAUCGAAGAAGCGUCCGAAGCCGCUGGAGAAUUACACUAUGAAGAGCUUAGCAGCAGCUGUUGGAUUUUUGGGAGUGGCCCGUUUAGCGAAUGCGAAUUUCCUGAAAGCAACUGCCGAGGAACCGAAGGAGCAGGAGACCAAGACUUUAAAGAAUUCGACUGAUCAUCAGUUCUUUGCUAGACGUUAAUUGAAUAAGGUGGUUUAAUUGUAAUUGCAGAUUUAAUUGUAUAAAUAUUUGAUUAUUUGCCUGUAAAGUAUUUAAAGUUUCUUUCUAAAAUCAUUUAAAUGAAA